CCGGGAUCGUCGGCCCCGCCCGCCCCUCCCGGUACCGCGCCGCCACCGGCUCCACCAUGAUGAAGUUUCGGUUCCGGCGGCAGGGUGCCGACACGCACCGCGACCGCCUCCGCCACGACCUCUUCGCCUUCAGUAAGACGGUGGAGCACGGCUUCCCCAGCCAGCCCAGCGCCCUGGCCUACGACCCGGCCCUGCGCGUUAUGGCCAUCGGUACCAAGGCGGGAGCCGUCAAACUAUACGGCGCGCCAGGUGUGGAGCUGACGGGCUUGCACAAGGAGAUGGCCACCGUCACCCAGCUGCACUUCCUCCCUGGCCAGGGCUGGCUCCUGUCGCUGCUGGACGACAACACGCUGCACCUCUGGGAGAUCUGCCAGAAGGACGGGUGCUCCCACCUGGAAGAGACCCGCAGCUUCGGCCUCCCGGGACGCCCAGGCUGCUCCCCCGGCAUCACACGGGUGACGGUGGUGCUGCCGAUGGCCGCCUGCACGGUGGCCUGCCUGGGCACGGAGGGCGGCGCGGUGUACUUCCUCACCCUGCCUGCUCUGGUGCUGCUGGAGGACAAAACCCUCUUCCCAGACGAGAUCCUGCAGAGUGUUCCCGAUGAGUACCGCUGCGGGAAGGCGCUGGGGCCAGUGGAGUCCAUCCAGGAGCACCCCCGUGAUGGCAACCGGCUCCUCAUCGGCUACAGCCGGGGGCUGGUGGUCCUGUGGGAGCACAGCACACGCACCGUCCAGCACCUCUUCCUGGGCAACCAGCAGCUGGAGAGCCUGGCCUGGGAGCAGAGUGGGAAGAGCAUCGUCAGCUCCCACAGCGACGGCGGGUACAUGGUGUGGGCGGUGAGCGGUGCCGGCCAGAGGACCCAGCAGCCUGUCAUGUCCACUAUCCCCUACGGUCCGUUCCCGUGCAAAGCCAUCAGCAAAAUCCUCUGGCGGACCUGCGAGUCAGGGAACCCGUUCAUCAUCUUCAGUGGGGGGAUGCCGCGGGCCAGCUAUGGCGACCGGCACUGCGUCAGCGUGCUGCAGGGCCAGACCUUGGCCACGCUUGACUUCACCUCCCGUGUCAUUGACUUCUUCACCGUCCAGAGCGCCGAGGUGGCUGAAGGAGGCUUUGAGAACCCCCGUGCCCUUGUGGUACUGGUGGAGGAAGAGCUGGUGGCCAUCGACCUCCAGACACCGGGCUGGCCCACCAUCCCUGCCCCGUACCUGGCGCCGUUGCACUCCUCUGCCAUCACCUGCUCCUGCCACGUCUCCAACGUGCCCCUUAAGCUCUGGGAGAGGAUCAUCAGCGCUGGCGAGGAGCAGAGCCCCCGGCUCUCCUCUGCAGCUUGGCCCAUCGAUGGAGGGAAGAACCUGGCCCAAGAGCCCACGCAGAGGGGGCUUCUCCUCACUGGGCACGAGGAUGGCACAGUGCGGUUCUGGGACGCCUCAGGGGUCUCCCUGAAGCCCCUCUACAAGCUGGGCACCGCCAGCAUCUUCCAGACUGACUGUGAGCACAAUGACAGCCUCAACCAGGCAGGCGAGGAGGAGUGGCCGCCUUUCCGCAAGGUGGGCUGCUUUGAUCCCUACAGCGACGACCCGCGCCUGGGCGUACAGAAGAUUGCUCUCUGCAAGUACACGGCUAAGAUGGUGGUGGCCGGCACGGCGGGACAGGUGCUGGUGAUGGAGCUGAGUGACGAGAAGUCAGAGCAUGCGGUCAGCGUGGCCACCGUGGACCUGCUGCAGGACCGGGAGGGCUUCACCUGGAAAGGCCAUGACCGGCUGGCCCCCAGGAACGGGCCCCUGCCCUUUGCCCCUGGCUUCCAGCCCAGCGUGCUGGUGCAGUGCGUGCCCCCCGCUGCCGUCACCGCCGUCACCCUCCACUCCGAGUGGAACCUCGUGGCCUUUGGCACCAGCCACGGCUUCGGACUCUUCGACUAUUACCGGCGCAACCCCGUGCUGGCCAGGUGUACGCUGCACCCCAACGACUCGCUGGCCAUGGAGGGGCCCCUGUCCCGCGUGAAGUCCCUCAAGAAGUCCCUGCGGCAGUCCUUCCGCCGCAUCCGCAAGAGCCGCGUGUCGGGCAAGAAGCGGCUCAACGCCAGCAGCCCCUCCAGCAAGGUGCAGGAGGCCAACGCGCAGCUGGCUGAGCAGGCCGGACCCCCUGAGGUGGAGAUGACACCCGUGCAGCGGCGGAUCGAGCCCCGCUCAGCUGACGACUCGCUGUCAGGGGUGGUGCGAUGCCUCUACUUCGCUGACACCUUCCUCCGAGACGCUGCCCACCACGGCCCCACGAUGUGGGCAGGGACCAACUCCGGCUCCGUGUUCGCCUACGCCCUGGAGGUGCCGUCGCAGGAGAAGUUUUCGGAGCGGGCGGUGGAGGCGGUGCUGGGGAAGGAGAUCCAGCUGAUGCACCGGGCGCCGGUGGUGGCCAUCGCCGUGCUGGACGGGCGGGGGAAUCCUCUCCCCGAGCCCUAUGAGGUGUCGCGGGACCUGGCCAAGGCCCCCGACAUGCAGGGCAGCCACUCCAUGCUCAUCUCCUCCGAGGAGCAGUUCAAGGUCUUCACUCUGCCCAAAGUGAGCGCCAAGACCAAGUUCAAGCUGACGGCGCACGAGGGCUGCCGGGUGCGGAAGGUGGCCCUGGUGAGCCUGGCCAGCGCCGGCUCCGAGGAGCGCCUGGAGAACUGCCUGGCCUGUCUCACCAACCUGGGCGACAUCCACAUCUUCACCGUGCCUGGCCUGCGGCCUCAGGUCCACUACGGCUGCAUCCGCAAGGAGGACAUCAGCGGCAUCGCCUCCUGCGUCUUCACCAAGCAUGGCCAGGGUUUCUACCUAAUUUCGCCGUCCGAGUUCGAGCGCUUCUCGCUGAGCGCCAGGAACGUGACGGAGCCGCUGUGCCGGCUGGAGGUUGCCCGGCUCCAGGACACCUCCUGCCUCAGCAACAGCUCCAUGGCAACGCCGAAGCUGCAGCAGGCGAACGGCACCCACGUCCUGCGCAGCCCCGAGAGCUCUCCCACCGACAGCGACCGGUCCCCCGAGGAGCACCCGGCUGCCUUCUCGCCCGGCCCCAUCGAUUCCCCCAACAGCAGCUUGGAGAACCCGCUGGACACCACCGGGGACAUCACUGUGGAGGAAGUGAAGGAUUUCUUGGCGUCCUCGGAGGAGGCGGAGAGGAACCUGAGGAACGCCAAUGAGGAUGAGGCCCGGCCCACGGGGAUCCUCAUCAAGUGAGGCAUCACCGGCCCAUCUCAGUGCUCGGAUUCCCGGGACGCGCGACUCGACUGGACCCCCCGCGCCCCCUCCUCGCGUAACGUAGACUCGUCUCUUCUCUAACAUCCACGCCGGCCGCCGCCCCGGCCCCGGCUGCCCCCGCCCGGCCCCGAGCCCCGCGCACAGGCUCUUCCCCGGGAGGAAGAUCGUUCUCUUUUUUAUACACCGUCGAGUGUCACUGUCCCCUGCUCCACAGCCGCCUUCCCCUGGGGGUGCUGUUGCUUCCCCGGCUCCACGGGGAGGACUGCGGCUCGUUGAUCCCCCACCUCGUGCCCUGGUUUCAGUCCCUGGGGGAGGUGGGGGCCCGGAGCCCCCCCCCGCCCCGGCACGGCCCCCCUGGGCCCUUGUCUGUGUUUACAUGCCCGGCUCCCUGCAGUUUACAGCCCCGGCCCCUGCCUGCCCCGAGGCUCCGGCUGCCACCCGGGGACUCUCUCCUUCCCGGGCAGGCACCCGAGAGCUUGAGCGGCACGGGGAGGGGGCACGAGGGAGGUCACAGGUGGCCUUUAUCUCUUAGUGGCUUCUCCAAGGGCUAUUCUCCAGGUUGGGCUCUGUGCCUGCUGCUCCUUUCUGACACUAAUUCCUGCCACGGGUGGGUUUGGGAUGGGAUCAUGCUGCUGCGAGGGAUACACCGGCUCCUGGCCCUGCUCCUGGUGCUGGCGGGGGCCAGAGAGGGCAUGGGGCUUCCCCAUCCUGGGGGUCUCACUGUGCCAAAUCCCUCCCCCCAUGCUGGGCUGCCCAGCCUGGCCUCAGCCUCACAGGGGGCUGCAGUGAUGCUGGCUGUGUCCCCUCUGACUCAUGCUGGCUGCCUCAUGGGUGCUGAGCCUGGUACCAGUCCCUCUCUUUUUGGGGAUGGGGGGCUGUUUCAGACCCCCGGGCUCCCCUGUGGUACGUGUGGGGUGGGGGGACCGGGGGCAGCGCUGCCCCGGGCUCUGUCCCGCCUGCCGGGGCUGGGGCUGUAGCGUUCCUGGUAGAACCCCCCCACCUCAUCCUUUUUUUUGGUAAGAUGAAUUUAGCAUUGUUUAGUUAUUAAAAAUACUGGUUUUUAAUAUUGAAAAUAAA